AUUGACGAGCUGAUAUAUUGUACAGUGUAGAUAUACCAGAGCACACCAGGAGCUCGUCAUAUCUGCUUAGCCUCCUCCUUGCACGUCGUCUGCUUCUCUUCGUUUCUCUUUCUUUGUGCGACAACAAACGCUUACCGGUAACCAAUGUCCCAAUGACGCGUCUUCUGGAUAGCCACGUGGUGUCCUGUACGGUACCGCCCACGAAAGACUUACGCCCAUGACCUGCCAAUCUGUCAAUCAUCUGCCAGGGUGUACAGGUAGCACGCCUUGACAUAGUACAAAUAAGGUAAGUCUCACUACAGCAUCUUUGCUUAAGCCUAUCCGUGCAGUUUUCACCGGGUUAUCAUGUAUCACCGUUGCCCGCAAACAUUGUAAACAAGCCAUAUACAGGGCUUCGUUGUAAAUUGUGAUGACGCCCGCUACCAAAAUACAAAUAGUGCACAGGAUGCAUACGAGAUACCCAUCUAAUAAUGCGCAUACUAGUAUUCUUCUGCAUCUUCCUCUACCUCGCUGGAGCGAUCCAAGCUGCGCCUACAACAAAUACAACUACAAUUACUAACGACAGUGUUCAAGCUCCAUCAUUCACAACCAGAACCUUGUCGACGAUCAUCUUCAGCUCCGUUCUCACUCUUUUCGCAUGCAUAUAUAGUGCCAUUCAUCCCAAUAUCCCGAGUCCUAAGGAAAGCAGCUACCUUCAUUUCAUAUGGCGACAACUUUGCAUGACGAUAAUGGCCCUAAUCGUUCCUGAACUGAUCGUCACAUGGGCUAUGCGCCAGUGGUUCAGCGCUCAUCAAGUCACAAGACAGUUCGAGAGUUUAGGAUAUCCAAAGUUGAUCAUUUGUCCAGACUCUGAAGAAAUGGAUUUUGUUGAAGAACCUGCAACUGGGAAUUGCUUCAUUCGCUUCCUUCUCUGUUUGCCUUUCAUUCGCCUCUCGAUCCUGCUUACUAAAGGUGCAUUAUCUGUGCCUGUGUUCCUUUGGCGUUUCCUUUGUGCUCCCAUGAGGUGGGUCGCAAGCUGUUUUGGGUCGGAGCAAUUAGAAUCCGACUCCGAAGAUUAUACGUGGACGCAGACACAUAGCUUCUUUGUGCUCAUGGGUGGUUUCAUGCUUUAUGUGGACGGGGAACCCUACCUCACCCUACGUCCUGAUUACAUUCUCAAACUGAUACAUGAUAAGUGUAUCGACAUCCCUAUCCUAACGGCAAAUCAGAUCCGCGAUAGAAGCAAAGGCAAUGCCAUCUCGAAAGGAUUGAUCAUGCUUCAGGUGGCCUGGUUUGUUUUGCAGCUCAUCACUCGCGCCAUUUAUCACCUUGAAACCACCCAGCUCGAAGUGGGCACGCUCGCUUUUGCAGUUCUCAGUUUCCUAAGUUAUGCUAUGUGGUGGGACAAACCUCUCAAUGUACGAUGUCCACAUCCAGUGUACUGGAAGUCAACCGAGUCAAGGCCGGAGGAUCACAUCAAUGACACAGAUGAAUUCGCUCCGCUUCCCAUCGCCCGCUCAAUCUUUGAAUUGAUAGGCUUUCCUCGCAUUCCCACAUCUCAAAGGCUUCAAGUUCCGACAUUUGACGGUAGCAUCACUCUCGAACGUCCGGAUAGGAAGGUUCUUCGGCUUGCUGCAAUGAUUAUGGCGACCAUAUUUGGCGGUGUCCAUUGUAUGGCUUGGUCCUUUGCCUUUCCCACACACCAGGAACAGAUGCUAUGGCGCAUAAGUGCCAUCGCUACAACUUGCACGCCCUGGCUUUGUUGGAUUAUCUACUUAGACUCGGAAGUAACCCAUUCGAUCUUCCGGUGUAUUCCAGAUUUAUUAAAGUAUGUCGUGUGGGGUGCAUAUUAUCUAACUUAUUUCGCAUGUUUCGCGUUGUACGUCCUAGCUCGUGCCGUUCUCUUGGCACUUAUGUUCACCACUUUACACAAUCUUCCUGCUGAUGCAUACAAGGCGGUGUCGUGGACUGGUUUGGUACCACACUUGUAG